AUCAACCGGCAUAAAGAAGUCGUUGUACGUUGGUCUCGGUCUUGCUUCAACCUCCAUUAUAAUGUUCUCAUCACACUGUCUGGCAUUCUGGGUUGGAACCGAUUUUGUGUACAAUGGCACGGUGAAAGGAGGAACCGUUAUGAUAGUGUUCUUCUCCGUCAUGAUGGGAUCCAUGGCACUCGGACAAGCUGGGCCACAGUUCGCAGUCCUUGGCACGGCCAUGGGAGCCGCCGGAUCUCUUUAUCAAGUCAUUGAUAGAAAACCAGAGAUUGAUGCAUAUUCGACCGCUGGCAUGAAACCAUCGAAUCUUAGAGGAAGGAUUUCCGUGUCGAAUUUAAAGUUUAGCUAUCCAACUAGGCCUGAUGUGCCAGUUCUCAAAGGCGUUUCGUUCGAAGCAAAUCCAGGUGAGACCAUUGCUUUAGUCGGUUCCAGUGGUUGUGGCAAGAGUACGAUAGUACAGUUGCUGCUUCGAUAUUACGAUCCAGCCGGUGGCAAGAUCAUGAUAGAUGGCAUUGAAAUCGAUAAUAUCAAUAUAGAAUUUCUAAGAAAUUACAUAGCUGUUGUAUCGCAAGAGCCUGUGCUUUUUAACACCACAAUCGAGCAGAAUAUUCGCUACGGACGUGAGGACGUCACAGAAGCCGAAAUAAAUGCAGCUCUUCGCAAAGCAAAUGCAUCUGAUUUUGUGCAGAGCUUUCCC